AUGGAACCUAUUAAAGAACAAGUUUGGUAUAUUACUGGUGCAACUGGUGGUUUAGGUCUAGCUUUGGCUGAGAAGGUACUUUCAGCAGGACACAAGGUAGCUGGUACCACUCGUGAUCUUCAAAAGUUUGAAAAGACUGGUCUUGCCACUAAAUAUGGUGACAAGUUUUUAGCAGUCCAAACAGACCUCAUCGAUGAAGAAAUCUUAAAGGCUUCCUUUGUUAAAGUUGUACAAGUAUUUGGUAGAAUUGAUAUCGUUGUCAAUAACUCUGGAUAUGCUCAACCAGGUGCCAUUGAAGAAAUCUCAACCAAAGAAUACAAAGAAAACUUUGAUAUUAAUUUCUUUGCACCAUUGAGUGUUAUGAGAUACGCUAUUCCAUACCUCAAGGAAAAGAGUGGACACAUCUACAAUAUUGCUUCUAUUGCUGGUUUCACUCAUUUCGAAGGAUGUUCAGCCUACUCUUCAUCCAAGUAUGCUCUUAUUGGUGCCAGUGAAUCAUUGGCCUAUGAAUUAAAACCAUACAAUGUAAAGGUCACCGCUGUUUGCCCAGGUACCUUUGAGACUCCAAUUCUUGCCGGUUUCCCAAAACCUGCUCAUGUUAUCCCAGAAUAUGACUCUGCCAACUUUAUCCAUGUCUGGUUGGCAAGAAGAAAGGGAUUGCCAUUGGGUGACCCAGAAAAGUAUGCCGAAAUUUUGUUGCACUAUGCCAACAGAGAUGAUGCUCCAGUUAAAUUGUUCGUUGGUCCAGAUGCCGUUGACAUUGCUCAACAAGAAAUUGAUAAAACUCAAGCUGAAUUGAAUAGUUAUAAGGAAUUUGUUUCAAAUACUGCUAUUGCUCCAAAAUAA